CAGUCAAAUCUCUGCGCGGGAAUGGACAAAAUAAACGCAUUUUAUCUGUUUUCGUGCGUAAUUCACAAAGUGUAGAAAGAAUUACUGCUAGAAGACUGACAUUUUGCAAACAUAUUUACCUGCAUGUCUUUGUGCGCAGUUCCAAUUUUCGACUAGGAUUGUUUUGCUACAAGCGGAGUUACAGCAUGUAAAUCAGACAAUAUUCUUGAUAGAGGGCUUCAACUUUACGAACAUGUUAACCACUGUGUUAACAUGCGGACCUCCAUAUUUUAGGUUGUUAAUAUUUCGACACAGCAGGAGUUAUAUCCGUUUAAAGAAGAAGAGGGGGCAUGUUUCGUCCUUAGGUUUGAGAUUGAUUAAGUCUGAACAAACACAUAAGUAGCAUGUCAACUAUCGCAUAUGGGCAGAAGACAAAAGUGGAAUGUGGCAUAUUCGUGUUCUUCUGACACAUGUCUUGUUUCAAGGUUUUAUUGGAAUAUCAUCGGGACAAUUGGGUUAGUAGAAGCAAGUAAUGAUUCCCAUAACGAUAAAGAAAUACUUACGGCACUUACGGCACUGCAAACGCAAAUUAAACAUCUCGAAGAUCAGUCGAUUAAGGCUAAUAAUGAGAUCGAAAAGGCUAACAACGUUGCCGAAAAACUCAAACUUGAGAUCAAUACGCUUACAAGCAAACUAAACACUGAAGCAGUGAAAACCAGAGACUUAGAAACAAAACUGAUCAGUGAAAUGGCGAAGACAAAACAGCUAGAAAAAAAGGUGGACGUCUUGCUUCAAGCAGACCGGUCUCAGAAUGGAAGAACUAGUCUAACAAAGAGAGCGGCAGUCAAUGCAACCAAGAUUGCGUUCUCGGCCUACUUGGACAAAUAUGUGCAAAACCUUGGUCCAGGGCAUACAAUACAAUUCGGACAAGUGGUAUUGAACGAGGGAGACGCUUAUAACCCUUACACUGGAAUAUUCACAGUCCCUGUUAGCGGCGUAUACAUGAUCACGGCGGCUUUAGAAUCGCUGUAUAAUCAUAUACAGUGGUUCAAUAUCCUGAUCGACGGAGAUAUCACUUCUUCUAUUGCAUUUGACCCGUGGACAUAUGGGGCUAAUUCCAUGGGUACCAAUAUCGUUCUUGUUCGAUUGGAGAAGGGCCAGAGCGUGUGGGUAGCUGUUGAUAGCCGUCAUUCAGGGGAAGGUCUACAAGGCGAACCGUCCGUUCGUGCGACAACAUUUUCUGGACUCUAUCUUUUUGACUGAUUUAUGCCCUAACGCGCUUUCGAUUACCUUGAAAUAUAUUUUUAAAGAAUGCUGUCCAUAUGUACUUGUUUAAGUAGUUGCAGAUUUGCACACAACAUUUUACAUUUUAAUGACUGAAUCUACGUUACUACUAUACAGUAAAGCAGUUACGUGUGCAAAUAAAAAAAAAGUAACAUACUCUCUUCUUAGUUCAAAGGCUGAGCUUUAUUCUUGUAUGCUUUCAUUUAGGCUGUACGGAAAGGGAAAUAUAACUGUGUUUUUUUCUGAGUGAGUUUCAGGAAUUGAAACCUUACAUUUAAGAGGUUUGAUAAUUUUCACUGUUUCAGUUUCUCGGUUCACGAAUCUUUACCUUAGUUGCAGUUAAUUGUCAACGAUUCCGGUUUAAAAUACAUUUUGCCACAAUG